AAUGAAGCUUAUAUUUUUAUGCUUCAUAUUCUUAACAUUUCAAGAAUCAGUGUUCGAAAUAACUGAAAGUGGAGGUCAUUCAAAGGAUGAAGAUGUAUAUAAAAAACUGUUUGAUGACGAAAUUCUUCCAGUUUUUCCAGAUAUACCUAAGAAUAAACAUCAGCCUGAAUAUAUACGGGAAGAUUUAUCGAAUGCUUUACAUAAAACUUCUAGUGAUUUAACAAUCAGUGAGAAGAAUCUAGAAAAUAAUACAUUAUCUUCAUCACCAUCGUCAGACGCGAUUAAAAUUUCUUCAAUUGUAAAAACUACUAACAAAAUGAAUAUUUCUUCUCCAUCAUUAUCAUCAUCUGAGACUUUGAUGAAAGAAAGUUAUUCUUCUUUAUAUACAACUUCAAAAAGUGAUGGUACUAACAAGAUGAAUAUUUCUCCCUCAUCAUCAUUAUCGUCUGAGACAUUGAUGAAAGAGAGUAAUUCUUCUUUAUUUACAUCUUUAAAAAAUGAUGCUACUAACAAAAUGAGUAUUUCCUCGUCAUCAUCAUCAUCAUCAUCAUCGUCUGAGACUCUGACGGAAGAAAGUUAUUCUUCUUUGUUUACAACUUCUAAAAUAGAUGUUGAAAGAAAAAACAACGUUGAGGAGGAAACGCUUUUUUCGUCAGCAAUAAUUUUAACAAUUGAAACCAGUACAGAAAGUUUUACAGUAGAACCAACAGUUGAAGUUAAGGAGAAAAAUGGAAUAAAUAAUCAAGAAAGUUCUUUGACAGUGACGACAUUAAAUAGAGAUGUUGAGGGAAGUAAUACGAUUCAUGAUAAAGCUAAAACAGUAACACCUGUGCAAAAUACUGAAGUUAAAACAGUCAGCAGGGUUGCUUUUACAUCAUCCACUGAAACAACAACUAAUAAAAUUUUUAAUGAAAAAAACAUAAAGGAAAAGAGUACCGAAAAUAGUAAUAUGGAGUAUACAAAACACGAAACAAAAGCGACAACAGUGAAAUCGACUACUUCGAAGUGUUCACUUUCCGAGGAAGACAAAAAAUUACCAGUUAUUUCCAAUGAAGAAAAUUUAGAUUUAAAAGACCUGGAGAAGAAUCCAGACAAAAACGUUUGCGAAAUGAUCGAUGAAUUAUCGAAAAAACCUAAACAGAGGCACAUUUAUGAAAAAACUCAAAGACCAAAGAGAAGAAUAAACAGGAAGUCGAAUUUUCGUUUGACGAAAGGUCAUCCAAUUCGUAAGAGAAAAAUGUUGAGAGAAACUUAGAAUUAACACAAGAAAUGUUAACAAACAUAAAGUUAUUUAAAUUUCAAAAUUAAAAAAUGAUAAUAAACGAUUAUUUUAAA